GGAAUGAUUGCUGUGGAAGCCGUUCAGCUAAAGGUUGAAGAAAAUUCUUGCCAGGGCUUGUCUCAUUCCUCCUACAGCUAGCGCUUUUGCGGUAGAGAAAAGAGUCUGUGCAUCAGCAAUGUCUGUAGGAGGAUUGGUUUUAUUUCUCUCAAGUACAUUAAACGAGAAAAUGGAUUUUCCUUCUUAAGUAAAAACCUCCCUUAAUGACCUUUUCUACUCUUCGUGGGGGCCUACGCGAGGAGAAAAGGGCUAGGUCUCUAAGGGUCUACGACCUACACUUACAGCCGUUCUCGUACCGGAAUGGGCUGGGGGCAGAGAUUUUAUUUUUUUCCUCUCUCCCCACGGUGGGUGAAACUGAACUAAGUUGUCCAGGAAGAGCCGAACCUCCAGAGCAGCUGGGUUUGAAAGACGCUCUUGCGCAACAGGUUUCAAAAGCCAGAGAGAAAAUUUCCCCUGCCGAAAGCAGCAGUGACCCACUGAGGCAACUUCCAAGGUCAUAAUGAAACUGAUGAAUAGAAGAGACCCCUAUUUUCGAGAGGUCAUCCGGUUUGCAGUGUGUUGCAGAGCCCUGACACUUGUGCUCCAGGCCCUGUUUAACUUCUUGGUCCCGGAUCAUGCAGCAGAUGCCUUCUCUCCUCCCCGCCUGUCAGAACCCAGCCUCUGUGACUGGUUGUCAGAAUGGCUGUUGGGAGGCUUGUCACACUGGGAUGCAGAGCACUUCUUGUUCAUAGCUGAGCAUGGCUACCUGUAUGAGCACAACUUUGCCUUCUUCCCAGUGUACCCCCUCAGUGUGCGAGCCGUGGCAGAGGUCACAUUGUGGCCUCUGCAAGGGCUACUGGGUUUACGGAGCCGCCUGCUCUUGUCAGCGGUGUUUUUGAAUGCUCUCCUCUCAGUCCUGGCAGCUGCUGUCCUCUAUGAGCUGGGGUGCGUGGUGCUUCAGUGUCGCAGGAUGGCCUUCUUCUCUGCUGUCCUCUUCUGCCUCACCCCUGCCAAUGUGUUCAUGACAGCCGCUUACUCAGAAAGCUUGUUUGCUUUCCUGGUGUUCACUGCCAUGCUGCAGCUGGAGAAAGGACAGAGCUGGACCAGCGCACUUUUCUUCUCCCUUGCUGCUGGUGUGCGCUCCAAUGGGGUGGUCAACACUGGCUUCCUCAUCUAUUCCCAGAGUAAAGACCUUGCCCUCGAACUCCAGGCAGGUGCUGGGACUGUAAUGAAGCUGCCUCAUGUCUGGAGACGACUCUUCCGCUUUGCAGCUUCAGUGGUUCUGAUGUCUGCUGGGGUCUUUUUCCCAUUUGCUUUGUUUCAGUCCUAUGCCUACUUGAGAUUCUGCAAUCCUAACACCGGCUCUGAACAAGCUGUUCCCAGGCCGCUCUUGCAGCUGGCUGUGGAUAAGGGGUAUCGUCUAGCGGCCAUGAAUGGAGUGAAACCUGUGUGGUGCUCCCAGGGGCUCCCUGUGGUCUAUUCUUAUAUUCAAGAUGUUUACUGGAAUGUGGGCUUUCUAAGGUACUUUGAGCCUAAACAGGUACCCAACUUCCUGCUAGCUGCGCCGGUUACUGUGCUGGGCUCUUGGGCCACCUGGUUCUACCUCACUGCAAAUCCCCAGUACUGCUUAAUGCUUGGGCUAGUGAGAAGAAAGAAUGAAGGAAGGAAAGGAGAAGACUCUGAUAAGCCAGUGGAUGGAUUUCGUUGCUUCAGUGUCUUCGUUUACAUGGUCCAUGCCACGGCUCUUCUGGCCUUUGGAAUCCUCUGCAUGCAUGUGCAGGUUCUAACCAGGUUCCUAGGCUCGUCUACACCAGUCUUGUACUGGUUCUCUGCUCAUCUGCUCCAGAACUAUGAACCUUUGCUGUGGAAAGAAGGAACUGCUAUCCAGACUGCAGCAUCCCUCUCUGAAAAGCCCAGUGUAGGCAGCUCUUUUCUUGGAUCGUUCAGAAAAGGGAUUUCUGAAAACCCCAUCAUGAGAUUACUGCUGAACUGGAGAAUAAGUUCCCCUCUCACCAAAUGCAUUCUGGGAUACUUCCUGUCCUUCUGGCUGCUGGGGCUGAUCCUACACUGCAACUUCCUGCCUUGGACAUAGUUAGAGUUUGAGAACAUGUAUUUGUGAUGGACCUGCUAAUGGGAACGGAAUCACUGCUCAGAAUAUAAACUUUUGUAUUUUUUUAUUUCCAAAGGCAUACAGAGCCCCCAAUAUGUGCACAUGACUCUGCUCUUAUUGCUGUAAACCUCAUCCUUCCUCAUUCCAUUCUCCCCCUACAAUUUGUGCAUUACUGGUCGUAUGAUGGCUAAAAUCUAAUCUGUAAACUCUCUGGGAUAGGGAUUGUCUUUUUAUUCUUAUGUCUUCUGUGAAGCACUUUACCAUAAUUAAUAAUGGUCUAGUGAAAUGAGUUAUAGGCCUGUUUGAGGUUAUAGGUUAGGUUACAGUUGACAUGUCUAUCUGCAGAAUACAAAUUGGGGUUCUGAGAUGGUGGAGAUACUCAAGGAAGCAUCCUCUAGCUCGCAGUGAGAAGCCUUCCUAGUGUGCUCCUCUUUCUGUAGGAGCGCCUGGGCAUCAUGGAGAACAAGUGGAGUCACAAAGGAGUUGGCUGGAGAGGUCCCUAGGGAAAGUUGUUAGAGGUUCUCAAGCUAGGGCAUAUGGAAAUUCACAAGGGUGUAUCAAAGUGUUUGAAUGUUGUCAGUAAAGUUUGUGGACCUUAUGAGAGUCACUUUUCCCCGCCAAAUGAAAAGACAUCUCUAGCUUUGGGAAAUUUGAGAACUGCCUGUGGUGGGGAGGAGAGUCAGUGUGACAGGGCCUACAGCUUGGAGAGUACUGUCAGGAAGUUGGACAUUGAGGGAAGGAAAUGAACAUUCCUGUUUACUUCAUUAAAUAGUAGGGGAGUGUUGCCCUCUGGUUACAGCAGGGCAGAAGGACUGAGGUCUAAUUCCUAUUUUCAGUUCUGCUGCUGACUUGCUGUGUAUUCUGGAGAAAGUCACUUCCUCUUUAUGCCCUGAUUCUACUCUCCCUUAAAGUGGAGACAGUGCUACUUCCCGCUCUCACCAAAGGAUUGUGAAGUUUGUUUAAUGAAUGUGUGAAGCUCUUUGAGAUCUUUUAUAGAAGGCACAAAAGAAGGGUAAAGCAUAUACUGUUUUUAGCGUAAAACAGAAUAAGCUAAUUGUAAAUGUGAUAGUCUCCAGCUGUCCAAGCUUCUGACUAGGUGGAGGCUUUGAGGAUACAUCUACAAAGCAAGCAGAAAGCUGUGGCACUGAGUCUCAGAGCCUGGGUCUACAGACUCAGGCUCACAGGGCUCCGUGCUGCAGUGCUCAAAAUAACUUCAGAGCCCAAGCUGCCCCCUGAGCCUGAAUGUCUACACAGCUAUUUUAGCACUGCAGCAUGAACCCUGUGAUCCCAAUUCUGUAGGCCCAGACUCUGCUGCUGGUUUCUACUUGCCAUGUAGACGUAUUCUGGGUGUCCCCUGAGACUUCUGGUUCUACAGUAUUUAAGUAUAGUAUACAUAUAUGACCAGUUAAUGAUUUAGGGUGUUGUACAUUUGCGCGUGCACACUCUCUCUCUCUCUCUCUCUCCCCCUUGACAGUAGCUGUUUGUAGCUGGUCACCUUGGUUUAAAUACUGCUUGCAGCAGGUCAUAACUGCAAAUUAAUUUGGAAGAUUCCUCUGAGGUGCUGGCAGUUGUCACCCCUUCAAUUCCAGAAGGGACAGACUUAAAGGAAAUGAGAAGCAGGCAUACCUGCAUUCUGGAACCUAACAUCACACACAGCAGUAGGCUAAUGUAGCGAACAUGAGUGAUAGUGAGACUUUAAAAACAAACGUACCCUGAAACUUUCCAGCUAACUGGAAGAGGCUAUAGUGAGAUUUUCCAAAACAGCCCCGGGAUCCUGCAUGCUGCCACUGAAAUCAAUUGAAUUCUUCAGAGAUCUGUCUGCAAAGAUCUGCUUGUGGGAUUGGGUCCAUAUUUUUGCGCCUGUACAAGGCAAGUGUGUCUUCAGUGUUUAAGCUUUGCCUUCCCUACAAGAAAAUUCUGCUGACAUUUUUAGUCAGACUUUGCACUGGUAAAUAAGAAUAAAGAUUAAACUUAAAACUCCAAAUAAAACAAUGAAUAAAGAUA